CACAGAGCAGAAGGAGAGAAGCUGAAGGCUGAGGCAGGACUGACUUCAGGUCAGAAGAUGAGUGGUUGUGAGGAGGAAGAGGAGGACAGAGCAGAGUCUCUGGUCUCCGGCUGUCUGUCUAUGAAGAGUGAUCGGUCCAAAGAUGAUCCUCCAGUCUUCAGUAAAGACCUGGACCCUCAGACACACAAGUUCAGUCCAGACAGAGAGCAGAGUCUCCAGGAUCCAUCUUUCUGUCUAUGAAGAGUGAUCGGUCCAGAGGUGAUCCUCCAGUCUUCAGUGAUGAACCUGGACCCUCAGACACACAAGUUCAGAACAAGAGACAGAGAUCAGAGUCUCCAGGAUCCAUCUGUCUGUCUAUGAAGAGUGAUUGGUCCAAAGGUGAUCCUCCAGACUUCAGUGAUGAACCUGGACCCUCAGACACACAACUAACUGCCUGUGAUCUCUCAGAGACUCUCUGUGAAGUUGUGGCCUCAGCUCUGAAGUUCAACCCCUCCCAUCUGAGAGAGCUGGACCUGAGUCACAACUACAACCUGUAUGAUUCAGGAGUGAAGCUGCUAUCUGCUGGACUGGAGAGUCCACACUGUCGCCUGGAGACUCUGAGGUUGAGGACCUGCAGUUUGUCAGAGAUCAGCUGUUCUUCUCUGGCCUCAGCUCUGAAGUCCAACCCCUCCCAUCUGAGAGAACUGGACCUGAGAGACAACAAGCUGCGGGAUUCAGGAGUGAAGCUGCUGUCUGAUCUUGUGGAGAGUCCUCACUGUAGACUGGAGACUCUGAGAUGGAAGGGACAUCCCUGGGAGUGGAAGGGAUCUCACUGGGAGUGAGUCCACCAUCAUCUCUGUGAUCCUCUGGAUCUGAUCAGAGGAUCAUCAGAGGAUCUGGACUCCUCACUCCACCUGGACCUGGAUUUAGUUUAGUCCUUUGGUUCCUUCAUGUGUUCUGACCCUGAAGUGUGUCUGCAGAUGAGUUGUGUUCAUGACAACAUGACAGCAGAUGAA